AUAAGCGACGUCCAUAUGACGUGACAUUUCAGAUGUCAUUUUGACGUCGUCUAGAGACGUCUUUCGUACGUUUGUUUUCGGUCGUUUUAAGUGCUUUUUAAUCAACUAUAAAAAAAAUUAGAACGAAAGUUUAUUACAAAAACUAAGCCCUAUACGUGCUUUAUAAAAAAUUGUACAUUUUAAAUUGUUGUUUACCUAAAAUUUGGAUAUAAAUAUAAAUUCAUUAAUUAUCAAUGAAAAUACUAAACUGACGUUUUAAGUGGAAAUGCAAUUUGAAUUUAAAGAUGAAGUGAGAAUGUUGUAAUUAACAAUUAUUUAACUAUUUUAUUAGUAGGAAACAAUUAUUUUUAGCAUCGAUUCCUGUCGAGGCUGUCGACCAAGAUUUAAUUUUGGCGCGAUUUUAAUCGAAAUGCCACGAUACGAUACGAGACGUGCAGGCGCAUGCGUGCUGGACUGCUGGUGUGAACGCGUGUGCGCGUAAUGGCGGACGGCAGCAAAAAGUUGUUUGGCGGUUUGUCGGCAUAUCUAUCGACUUUUGGAGGGAGAGAUUUUACUGGACAUACAAACCGCAUUUUAAAUUUUUUGUUCAUUUAUUCUCUUGCAACUAAUUGGAAUUUUUGUGGCAAACGAGGUGAGAAAAAGGCUUUUAAAAACUUAAACGUAAAGGAUGUGAUUAUUGGUGCUGUAAGAAAAAGCUCCCCUCUAGUCAGUCAGAAAGAAAUAGAAGAUACCAUCAAGGUGUGGUUGAAACAUGCACCAGAGAAAUUGAAAAAGCAGCAGCAUGGCAACCCGUAAGAAAAAAAGUGUUGUUAGUCAAAGACAACUCUACAGAAGGGUGGCAGAAGCAAAUUUAGCACCUGUGAGUCAGAAUUGUUAUAAUACAUCUUUAAUAGUUAAUAAUGAUUCCAAUGAAUCAUCAAAUUCCGUUUUUUUUUUGCUGGUUCAAUGUGUGAAAGUGAAAAUGACACCUGUUCCUCAAGAGAUUUAGAUUUUAAUGUAAACUCGCCUAAUGAAAAUUUGCUCUUCAAUGAUGCGACGUUAUACAACCAUUUGACUUCCUAUUCCAGUAACGUGCCCCCUAACGAUUUAUUUUCUAAUGAACCGCCGCCUAGCGAUUUGCAUUCGAAAUUGUCAAACUGGGCAGCUUCAAGGUACGUUCGACGUACAGUAGUUACUCAUCUCUUGCAUUAUCUCCACCAUUUAAAAUCGUUAGUUCAGUCUCCGAAUAAACCGUUACAACAGAUUAAUAGACGCUUAAAAGAAAUUGAAAUGACAGUGUACGAAA